CAACUGGCUUCAUGUUGACAGGAUAUAUUGAAAGAUGGGCAAUAUAUUACUGGGAUUAUUCAUUUUAUCAAACGUUUUUGCCGAAGGAUUUUGCCAUGAAUAUCAAGGUAAGCAUUUUGGAAAUGCUAUACAGAUUGUAGGUCUACUUUAGUGCUUUUAUUUGCGAUUGCAACCUAAAUAUAUUAUAUAUAAUUAUAAACACAGCUCAAGUAUAAAGUCAACUAGUUGGCUUCUCAAAAGUACGUAGAUGCACUAAAAUUGCAAUAAAAGUUUCUGUGAUUUUCAAUUCAAACAAAGUGUUUCUGAUCCGUAUCAUUUAGAUGCUGAAUUGGCAAAUAGCCAAGGUAUAUAGUAUAUUUAUAUAAAAGUGCGUAGUAUAGAAUCAUUUUCUGAAUUGACGUCAUCAAUUUCCCAUCUCACUAUUGAACUACAGUACUCAGAAUUGAAAUCAUCAUGUUCAAAUUAGUCUAUAACGUUUUGAAAAUUUUGUUUUCCCUUCACUGCGGCGGCAAAUUGAAAUUUUCAUUAUAUACAGACUAAAUUUGAGCAUGAACUGGUUAGAACAUGUCAAUUCUGGGGUCCAUUUCUGCCAAAUAUGAAGAUGAAAAAUCGAUAUAUUAAACAUUAAUUAUCAUCCAUGCAGAUUGUGUUUCAGCAUGUUUUAGCCAAACGCAAGACAAGACAAAAAUAAGACAAACAUAAGACAAGACAAUACUGAAGUUAGUUUAAUACUGUCGUAUUGUUCAAUGUGCAUCUACAUAACUACAUUUCAGACAAAAUUUGUCCUGGGUGCAGUCUGUAUGUAUAAACAAACCCUUAUUUGUUUACAUUUCGGUAUUCAAAAUAUUGAACUUUAUUCCACAACUAUAUUUUCAUGCUUCUACAGUAUAAUAAAUGAUCAAGAUACAACAUUGAACAAUCAGGCUUUGCAAGAACAUAAAAUGAAAUAAAAACCUAAUUUUUGGUGUUUAUAUCACGGCAGGAGACUCAUAUGUGCACAUGCAUGCGCACUGUACCCUAUCUUUAAAGACCAUCUAAAAGACCAUCUAUCUUUAAAGACCAUGUAAAAUAAGACAUACAAACUGAAUAUCUAACACUUUUCUGGUUCGCUAUUGUAAAUGAAUAUAAACUAGAGUAUAUGUUUCAAUUCAAAAACGUUCAAAAGAUGCAAAAUUUGGGCAAUGUUUAUAUCUGUGUGUCCCCCUUAAUUGUUAAUUAUGAGCAGAACUGAUGCACAGAACGGACUUGACAUUGUCUUUAAAGUUGUUUUAUAUAGAUUAUAUAAUAACGGCUAAGUAAUGACCGAGCGUGAGGUCUGUACUGUGAAAUAUCAGACCGCGAGGUUUUUUAGUAUGGACCGAGCGUCUGAUAUUUCACAGUACAGACAGAACAAGCAAGGUCAAUAAUCAGUUUAUUAUAUGGCUGAACUGAGUCUGUGAGCAUACAGUACUGCCAAGAAAUAACUUGUCCCCGCAUCUGCCCGUGUCCUGCCUCCAGAGCGCCCGCGUCUUGCAUCCACUCUGCCUGCGUCCUGCCUCCAGAGCGCCUGCGUCCGGCCUCCACGACGCCCGCGUCUUGCGUCUACUCUGCCCGCGUCCUGCCUCCAAAGCGCCCGCGUCCGGCCUCUAGUUAAAAACUGCGUCGGAAAAACGAACUAAUAUUUGCAUCAUACUCCUAGUUUGUCGUGAGAAUACAGAUCAGUGUCACUGAUCGGAGAAGCAAAGAACAAAAAGUUGAAUCCGAAAUUGAGUUUCAUUGAACCUAAGCGUUACACUUAGUAUAACCAUUUGAUAAUGUCAUACGUUAUACUAUGUACAGUAAGCGUAGUGCUUUCACAAUGCAAUCACACGUCAAUAUGACUGUGUAUUGGAGCGUAAAAUAGACAUAAACUAUAUAUAAAUAUAAUGUAGACACAUAUACUAAACUCAGUGAGAUCACGACUACAACGAGUAUAUAUCUCGCCAGGACCUUUUUUAAGGAUUUUCCCGUGGGGGGGCAUUUUUUGAAAAGGGACCUUUCUGUGAGAUAACAUAUUACAGGGAGAUAGCAAUAGCUGAAGGCCACGUGUGUGACCAACACACCAUUCACGCAUGAAUUGGGGGGGGGGGUCCGGGGGUGUACUCCCCCAGAAAUUUUUUGAAAUUUGAAGCACGGAAAUGCCAUUUCCUGCAUUCUGAGCAACCAAAUUUGCUCCAAAAUGUAUGCUAACUAUACUUGUAUUUGAAAUAAAAGAAGGAAAAAACCAACAAAAAGUAAAAAAAAAUAUUAACCAUAAUUUAUCAUUACUUAUUAGAGGAGGAUACCAAUGGUUACGUGUGUGGGGGUGUACUCCCCCAGAAAAUGUUUGAAAUUUGAAACACGGAAAUGCCAUUUCCUGCAUUCUGAGCAUCCAAAUUUGCUCUAAAAUUUAUGCUAACUAUACUUGUAUUUGAAAUAAAAGAAGGGGAAAAUGCACAAAAAGUAAAAAAGAAUAUUAACCGUAAUUUAUCAUUAUACUUAUUAGAGGGGGAUACCAAUGGCCGAAGGCCACGUGUGUGGGGGCAUAAUCUCCAGAAAAUUUUUCAAAUUUGAAACCUGGAAAUAUUCUUUCCUGCAUUCUGAGCAUCCAAAAAAUAAAAAAUUAUUAACAAUAAUUUAUCAUUACUUAGUGAUAGAAAAACGUAACAAUUUAAAUCGAUUUUGUUAAACAAGGACAAAGGAUAAAGCCUAAAACUUACUUUCCGUUUAUUUAUUUGUUAUUCUUCGCUGUUUUGUUGGUAUAAAUUUAGGAAAAGGGACUUUUCCUGGGGGGGGGGGCAAAAUGUGAUUUUGUGGGAGGGGCACAAGGGGGGACUGGGGGGAAAAUGCCCCCCCCCCCCCAGCUUGUAUGUUAAAAAAGGCCCUGUAUCUCGCAACACAUUCAUUUGCUACUCAAAUUCUGACUUACCUCGUAGAAGAUUGCCGAUUAGUUGAUAUGCAAUUCUGUAUUUGAAUGUUAUGUCUCCGUAACUCGUCAGUAUAUUAAAACUGAUAAAACGAAGAUGCUCAUUUACAAUAUAUAUAGUGCUUUUGAUUUUUCAUAUAAAAUACCAUUACUACGAGCCACUAUAUAACUUUAUUUACAGCAACAAGUUUGUGUUCUUGUUUUUCCAAAGCAGCAAAUGCACAUGGUGAUAUGUCAUAUAAAUUGAUAAUUACCAAUAAAAAUGCCAUAUAAUUUCUGGAUAAAUGACUUCUCUUAAUCCCUUAAUGGAAUACCUUUACAUGUCCAGGAAACAGUCUUUGUGUUUCAACACGGUUCAAUGACUGUGACUCAUCGCUUGAUUUUCAAAGUUGCAGUAUAAUUCGCUAAAGCUGAAGUGAAGAGCUCACUAGACUAAUAUCACUCGAUCCGUAUUACUAUCACACUAAUGAUUACUAUCAACCAAAACGUAUUUUGGGUUUCUUCGAAGAAGAUAUAAAACCAUACGUGCAUUUUGCCAACCGGCAACGUUAAAAGAUUACUGGGUUUAAACCAAACGUUAUAUGAAGGUGCGAAAGUAGAGAUCAAAUACGAAAAAGAACUUUACGAAGCACAAAUUCUGAAAAUUCACGGUAAGUUUAAUAUUAGAAAUAUAAAUAUCUAGGACUCUAGGUCUGCAACGCUUGUGUAUAAAUUAAGCAUAAAAACGUGGUGUGAAAUCGCUAAACAUGAAUAUUUUCCGACGCCCACGGUUUGUUUAUGAAAAGCGAAACGCGAUAAUUUCCGACAAUCUACGAAUAGAACUUUUUCUCAUAUGCGUCCUCGCCCGCAGACGCAAAGCGGACCCAUGGCGCCCGCACAGUGGACGCACCCGAAAGCGCCCGCAGACGCACAGCGGACGCACGGCGCCCGCAGGACGGACGCACCCGCGGGCGCCCGUGGACGCAAGAUACCCGCGUCUUGGACGCGAUUUUUGAUAAGUUAUUUCUUGGCAGUACUGUAUAUACCUUUCACACGAAUUAAAUCGGCUAUCGUCAGUUUCACUGGGUAACAAUAUACGGCAAGCACGCAUGCUCAAUUAAAAACAAUUUGGUUGUUUGAAAUUUUUAUCUGUAAAGCACAAUUGGGAUUAGGCGACACCUAUCAUUUGAAGUCUGACAACCAAACAUUUUGAAUGCAUUUUGAAUUUUUUUGGUAGAAAGUUUACAGGAGGGCAAGACUGUCUGUUGAUGGUGGGGUAUUUUCCGCAUAUUUAGUAGAGCCUGAAACCUGAAAAAAAUCGCUGGUUCAAAAAAGGCAUUUGUAAUUACCAAACAGUCUACAAUUAUAUCGUCAUUCAAAAUAUUUGUUUUAAACCCUGUGACAUUUGUUGCAUUUAAACCAAGAAUGUAAUGAGUUCACAUGUAUUACUACUACAGUAGGCUAUCUUAUUAUUGGCUUACAGUAAUUGUGUGGAGCUCACCUCAGUAAACCACACUCGUUUACAAUGAUCAGUGAGCUAAAAACUCCAAACUUAAGAAAGUUGAAAUCUGAGAGUGUCAAUGACCUUUGCAGCCUGUAAGUGUCCGCUAAAACUCAAAUUUGGGAAUUUUGAGAAAACCUUGUAGACAUUUCAUCAGAGAAAGUUUGUACCAUGUACCGUCUAAUCUUGUAUCUAGGGUCUAAUCUUGUAUCUAUGGUCUAAUCUUGUAUCUAGGGUCUAAUCAGACAGUAUCUGCACAGAGUGCACGCCCCAGUAGUAUGUGGAGGUUAAAACCCUUGCUUGCUAGGACCUGACCACAGCCGAUGACAGCUUAAUUGUUUUUAGCCAUUCACAUAUUCUCAGUCCACCAGUGAACUGGCAAUGAAAAAAUGUAUGGGAAACCGGCAGACAGUUUUUCUUGCCCCCCCCCCCCGUUUUCAUCUGCCUUAAUUUUCCCAUCUGCAAGUUCUCCCCAAAAACCAUCUGCUAUACAGGCAUGUGUCAGUUAAAUUUUGAAUAUUAUGACGAUUAUUAAAUGAGAUUAACAAAUGUAUGUAUCACCCAAUGCUCUGCCGACUGAGCUACGCGGUCAGGUACAUACUGUACAUACAUUAUGUAUAUGUAUGUACUUGACCGCGUAGCUCAGUUGGCAAGGCAUUGGGCUAGUAUUCCAAAGGUCGUAGGUUCGAUUCCCACCAUGGUCAUAUUUUUCAAGCUUGCCUGGUGUGGAUAUACACUCAGAGUAACAUCACAAGCAUAAUAAUAGGCUGGACUUCAAUGAUUCGGAUUCUUGCACUUCACUUGGUGGAAUUAAUAUUAGAAUGUUAGGGUUUAUACUCACUUGGAUUACAAACCCUAACAUUCUAAUAAUAAUAGGCUUCAGUUGAUAAUUUGUAUCAAGGGAAUUUCUGUGAUGGCUGUUACCUGCUGUUAGCCAAAUUACAAAUCAUGAAUUAUUUUAAGUUCAACGACAUAUCAUAUAUACGCAUUAUGGUCAAAAUCUAAAUCCAUGACUCAAUGCAUAUUCAUUGUCUCAAUAUUAAUUUCUAUUGGAAAUUUGCCCAGUUCCAAUGAACCGAUUGGAAUUCCUAGGAAUUUAAAUUUGUCCCAAAGUCCAAUUUGAUUUGUUCAUGGAAUUACGGUUGCCAUUGAGUAAUUUUAAAAAGAACAAAACAAUAGACACUCCGAAAAUAGUUAACAUUUUAUUCAACGUUUCGACGGAGUGUCUAUUAUUUUGUUCUUUCUAUUUGUUCAUGGGUGGAAUGACUUAUUGGGAGCAAAAGUCCAACCGUGCAAUGGUGUUGGUCUGUUCAGUAUUAUAUAGUCACAAGUGAAAAUUGAAAUCCAUUUUAAGGUGAACACUGAACAUAGGGUAAAAAGCGACAUUUUUAUCUUGCAAACCACAUGUCAUUGUCAAUAUGAAACUAGAUUUUCCGAAAUCUUUUUAGUACUCAGUUAACAUUUUGAAAAACUUUUCGAAGAAAUUUAGUCCCACUUGAAGAAGUUUUAACAAGUUUACCCUGCUUGUGACGUCAUCAAAAACUCAGUUAAUUAGGUCAAUUAUAAUACCAAGAUGGCGGACUGCAUAGUGUUUUUGGUCAAAAUAUUUCGAAAACCAAGCAAGAUGCGAAAAAGUUCUUACAUUCUUAUACAUAACUUUAAAAGUUCUUUCAAAUAAGACAAACUUAAUUUGUAUUGCCAUAUAUUCCCUUCAAGAGUGAAUACCAUGCCAGUGAUCGUUUGCACGCUUGUGUUUACAUUCGUCUGUAUCUGAUGAAUAUACUUUCAUUACAAACAUUUUGCAUAAAGAACGCAACAUUUCACAAGAUAUAGUGACUUACUUCGUUUAACAGAAGAAAUAGAGUUGUUUUUUAAUAGGAUUCCGAUAAAUAUGGGCCAAUAUACAAAAUAAAUUUUGCAGAUCACUUAUAAAUAUCUCAAGAGUCAGACAUUUUCUGGGACUCCAAAAGCGGCAAGCGCCCAAAGGAUCACUGGCAUGAUACUCACUCUUUAAGCAUUUGGCUUUAUAGAGUAAGGAUUAAACGGCACAGGGUAAAUUGGGAAAAGUAUACAGAGCACUAACCACAAUGUGUUGCUAUAAAUGCAUUUCAUCGCUAGUCGCUACAUAUAAUAUUUUAAACUUUUCUACCCUUUAGUGCACUAUGAAGUGAAUGAUUUUGGUGAGCUGGGAAAACCAAGGUUCCAAAUAAGCCAUGACAUUAUAAAAAGAUCUGCAUUAGCUGAAAAUGUAACGUCGACUGCCAGUCCUCCCAAAUCAGUAAAACCAACAACACAUGUUAUCACAAAUCCAGCAACAUCCUUCGAUAGGACGACUGGAAAACCCUCUGCUAUAACAAAUAACCAACCCUCUGGUAAACCAACAGCCCACCCCACAUCUAGAAAAACUAGCCAUCCUCCUACAAAUAUACCAAGGACACAAACUCUUCGAAACAAUACUACAACCCGUUUUCAAGUUCUGCGUACAACUCCAAGACCAGUCAACAACACGAAUGGAACCAAUAUUACCAUUUUUCAGGUAAUUUUAUAGGUAAUUUUUGUAAAAUUUACUGAAAAUUGUUUAAGAAAAUUUGAAGUAUUUGUAAAUGUGGUAUUCUAAUGAGUAUACCCUAUGCGGAAUAAUAAUAAUGACAAUAAAAACAAAAAAAUCAAUUUAUAUAGCGCUGUUACACUAAUUGUUCACGGCGCUUUACAAUGCUACUGUUAAAAACCUACAAGAAUAGUAUACUAAUUUACAGGUUAUUUACAAUAAAAAUUUAUACUAAUUUAAAACAAUCACAGGAAAGUAGUCUAAGAGUUAGAGUAUGCAUGUUUAAAUAAAUAAGUUUUUAGCUGGCCAUUAAAAACGGUGACGUUAGGCGCCUUCCGUAUUUGGAGAGGUACUGUAGAUUGUUCUACGGUAGAGCCUAGUGUCAGCAAUAGAAAAGGCUCUGUCCCCGUUCAGAAGUUCUGUCCCCGUUCUGUUAACCGUUCAGAAGAAGUUAAGACAGCAGGUCUUGUACUAGCUUGUUUUAAAUUAAGUUCAGAAUGUAGCUUGUCAAUUUUCCCAAUAAAGAAAUCAGCAAAGGAGUUCGCUAGCGUGAUUGGAUCAGGAGACGGUGGGUAUCAUUUUACAGUUGUUGACGGUUGCAAAUAAUACUUUCUGAUCACCAGAAUAUUCUUCAAUAACCUUUCUGUAAUAGGCAGUUUUUAGGUUGUUGACGAGAUUGUUGACAACAGAACGUUGAUGUACAUAUUGCUCACGAUCACGCUGUAGCUUGGAUUUACACCAUUUCCGCUCCAAUCGCCUCCUUUUAUUCUUCUCCAAAGCCACGUCCUGGUGAUACCAAGGGGCUGAUGGGCGUACGAUUACUUCUCGCUGCAUAAUAGGUGCGUGUUUGUCCAAUAUUGAGCACAAAGCGCUAUCAUAUUGUUUCACCAAAGCGUCCAGAUCUUCAGAUGGAUUAUUCAAGAUGUUAGAAUUGCUGUACUAAUGUCCUCGUGUACAGAGUCCAUGUCAAUGGAACGCAAUGUACGAAACGUUGCCGUUCGUUUAGAAAAGAAAGGUUUCUGGAGAUGUAAAUCACAGUGAACGGCGAAGUGAUCGGCAAUGACUGGAUCCCUUAUCACGAUGCUCCUAAUCAACGAGUCAUCUGAUCUGGUGAUGAGUAAGUCAAGCGUGUGACCCUUCUUCUGGGUAGGACCGCUGACAGCCCAAACGUAUCUAAGAUAUCAACAAACCGGUUAGCAUGAUUAUCAUGUGAAUCGUCCAGGAUUCUAGUAAAAUUGACCCAACUGCUAUUUCUAAAUUAGGACUUUUAGUGCUGAAUUUUUUUUUCUUGAUUUGGUAAAAAAGGUUUUAUAACUUGGAAACAACUAGUGAAUUGUCGCUCAACCGGCUUGGAUGUAGAUGACAGUAUCCCUGUGUAUUUAAGAAAACAUUUUACAGUUUUCAAAUCGCUGAACGAAAUGAUCGUGGAAAGAGUGAUAAAAGCAUGAAAUUUGGCAUAGACCUUCCCUGGCACCUACCGAUGAAGGGUUGCUCAAAAUGUAAUUGGUUGGGAUCCAUUACCGGGGAUAUUUUCAUAUCUUUUCUAGCCUCCUCAGCAAGCAACUCGGUUACGCAGUAUGAUGGGGGUAAUAUAGGAUCAUAAGGGUUAUUGUGUAGUGAGGAAAUAAGCAAAAUAGAGUACUGCCACGCCCCCUCACCGCCACUCAAUCUGCUAAAUAUUGCGUAAAUUUCGCCGUUGUUUUCCGCCAAGUUGUCUGUGGAGGAAGCUAUAGAUUUGCUUCUAUAGAAAAAAGUCAAAUUUAUUAUUUUAAGCAUCUCUGCUACAACAACACGGAUUACAUGCAGCAAGAGAACGAACUCGGGAAAUGGAGCAAAAUGGUAUAUUCCACCCCUCCCUGCGACUUAUCGUUUAAGAGAAAUUGAAUAUUCACCUUUAAAGAAAGUGUAACUCGGAAUGCCCAAUCUGUGGACAUUGUAGAUUUUCGAAACUAUAUGUAAGCUAUAAGUUAUUUACUAUGGUUAUUUACUUUUCAUUAGAAUAAUUCAUUUUUGCAACUGCGAUUCUGAAAUUUGACUUGGUAUAUAAAUUUGAUAUAGGUAAAAACACAAAAAUCCUCCUGAAAAUGGUUUCAAAGCAGAUAAAUUUUUGGCAUCCCUCCCAAAUAGGUGCCAAUUGAAAGAAGCUGUUUGUCAAAUUCCAUGCUUUUAUCACUCUCAUGGCAAAAUUUUGUGAUUUUCCACAGUUUCACUUUUUAUGUGACUUUGUAUACUUGCAGGAUAACCACAAGUAUUUUAAAUCACGUUAUUAUCCGUCUGGUGAGAGAUGGUGGUUUAACUUGAACGAUGGAUCUGGGACACCAAAACUCCAUGUUGGGCUAACGAAAAAUUUGCAGUAUUCUGAUGUAAGUUCAAUAUUCAUCCAAUGGAGAGAUCUAAGUUAAUUCGACCUUUGUAGUUUAUUCAUACUACUUGAACUUUGUAUAUGUUGAUUUUUCUUAUUUAGACUAUCAAAACUUCAUUUAGAUUUCCUUAUUAUGGACAUGUAAUCAAUAAAGUUACUAUUACUAAUAAGGGUAAGAUAGUAAUAGAUACAAUCGUUCGUUUUGUAUAGCAUGCUAUUACUGUACAAUUUUCGCUUUUGUUUUGACUCUAGCAACUUCGUUAUAGACAGAUAGAUAAGAAGCAGCACAUGCCUACACUUAGGAGGGUGUUAGAGGGUGUUUAUAUGAGCCCUACAUAAAGCAGGGUUCGAAUUCGAAUUACCAGUGCAUGUGCAAUGUGCAAUUUGCGCAUUGUUUUGGACCAAAUAGUGAAAAUUGCAUAUACAGUAUAUUUUCUAAACGCAAAAAAUCAGACUGGGACUAUUAAAUUAAUGAACACCAUCCGUAUUUAUAGAUUUAAACAAUUAAGCCAAUCUAGUUGGUUUUUAUUUAUAAAAAAGUACUUUUGCAUAUGCACACUACUGUAGCAGCAUGUUUGGCAUCCUCGUUCCCAGGGCUUCUCGGCUGCCUGCGUCCGAGAAGCCCUGGGAACGAGGAUGCAUGUUUGGAGACUGGAAGGUGUGUAAAAUUUUAGCCACCAUGACAGACAAGCACAUGACUGAUUAAUGUUAUGUGUUAAGUUUGUAUAUCAAAAAUUGCAAACAAUGUUCGAAAAUUAUUCAAAUCGUUAGAUUAUUGCAGUUUGAUUGAACGACUGGGUGGCUGAGACAAUCAUGAACCUAUUUUAUCAAAAUUUAGAGCCAUGUUUCUUUUAAAAGUUGCACAUCAUUUUUUCUCAACUAUAAUUCGAACCUGUAAAGGUCUGGACUAGCCCUAUAGCAGUAGGGCUGAUUUUCGCCGCGUGUUUAUACAUGAGAAAAAUCAGCCCUACUGCUAGGGCUGGCUUCCUUUUAAAAGUAGCACUUAAUAUGGUUUCCGUGCAACUCAUUUUUAUUAUGGCGUCCAAAAUCAUAGUUUGCCGACUAAAUUUUUGAAUGUUCGUUUAGAACUACUGCAUAUUUAAAGAGAAAAAAGCUGUAAAAAGUUUAGUUCGAAAUCAAUGCGAAAUCAAUUCAAUACUCAGCCCUAUAUUGUAUGAGGGCCUCCCUACUGCGUUUAUAUGGAAAAUUUCCAGCCAUAUACUAGACGAAAUCUCGCCUUGUCAACAGCGAGGUCGCGCCUAGUAGGGCUGGCCCUCCUUUCAUGCAAACGCAAACAAUUUUUAAUAGGGAAAUGUAUUAACAAGCCGGAUCUCGCCUAUGUAGGGCUCAUAUACUGUAAACAGGGCCUUAGACUUGCUACAAAUCAACUCGACUUGUCGCUCUUGCAGCACGCCAUAUUUUACCGACUCGAAUCCUGGUCGAUGCGUAUUAUAGCGAAACAAAAUUUAAGAAUUGGCCAUGCAUUAUUUCCCGUGUUUAUUUAUGCAUAGUAUGAGUAAUCCAAACAGUUGUGAGGAAACAUUGAGAGGAAAGUUUAAAUAUUUUUGAGUUUUGAAUUAGGACUGUGCAUGGUGUAAUUUUUCGCGCCAAAAAGAUACAAUUACCUGCAAGCGCGACAAGUCGACUCGCUCCCUCGCUGAGCUCAGAAGCUCAAAUUCACCCCUUCGCUUUAUUCGGUAACGCUUUUUACUCCUUACAAUGUGAGUUGACUUGUAGCAAGUCUAGCCUACAUUAAAAGGUACUAUAUAUUUCACUAAUAAAGUGCGAAGGAGUUAGUGAAAAAAUAGAGAAGAGGGAGCGGGCUUCGAAAAUUCCCAAGAAUGAAAGUGAAAACCAUCAAAAUAAUAUAACUGGUCCAUUUCUUUGAAAAAUUGGCACAAAUAUAUCGUAAUAAAUAAAAUGCAAUGUAAAUUUCAAGCAGCCUAAUCAGCUCCGAAAGUGUUAUUCUAUCACCGUUUUUAGUCACAAAAAACACUUAAAAUUUACAGUGUGAUUAGACCCGUGAAAACCGAUUUGUAUAUAAAUUAAUAUAUCCCAUCUUCCCAUGCUGAUAUAGAUUUUAAAUAUCCUUGUAAAGCAGUGUCCAAACGACUAUUACACCACAAAAAUAGCAGGACUUUUUUUAACCCCCGCCCCCCACGAGUCAAUAUUUGCCCCCUAUAUUCCUUAAAAUAUAUACAAGACUUUGGACGAAAAAUGAGCUUUAGAGGCGAGAUUUGAUAUUCUAGUAACUGAAAUUUGCUUUGUGAAUCUUAUGUCAUGUCUUUUAUCAUCAAAUGAUUAAUUUAGAAUGCCCCAGACCUCCUACUAUUACAUAUACGACCUUUUUUCACCAACAAUUAUCUGUCAUCUCUUUAUAGUAUGGUCUCUUUCUGUAGAUUCCCCACUGACGAAUUCUUAAAAAAGGCCCUGAAAAAUACAGCACUUUAUACAAAAUUCUAUUUUUCAAACCAUCUGCAAAAAUAUGAGUUUGGAAACAUGCCAAAUUCGUUCACAUUUUUAAAAAUAUGAGUUUGGAAACAUGCCAAAUUCGUUCACAUUUUCAUGCCCAAAUGCAAUGGGACAAAUACAUUUCCGUACAAAUACGUUUUGUCACUCUUCUAGGAUUCUUAUUUCUGGGACAGAAAUUGCACAAGUUCAAUGCCUCUGUGCAGUACGUUGCUCCACUCAUGGCAGACUUUGGUGCUCACUUACAUGACAAGACAUCCAUACGUUAUGUUGAUACAGGUAUAAAAUCAUUUAAUGUAUAUAUUUAUUAUAUGGCAAGCAUUUGUUUUGACGAAUCGCGCAAUUUUAUUGGUUGCUGACGAGGCAGGAUUUCCCGUAUUGCCCACGGACAUGUCUGUUUUUGUUAGAUAAAAUGAGACAUAAAUUGUAGAUGAAGCGAACUAAAAACGUACUUGUCCAUACUGUUUAUUAAUUUUGUUGUUUUCAUAUUUGUUGUCUUUGAUUAAA